AUGAGUGUGUUUUACAAAUUUAAGUCCGCCAAAGACUAUGACACAAUUGCCUGCGAAGGCACAGGUAUCAGCCUCGGUAAACUCAAACAAGCCAUCCUAACGCAGAGUAAACUUACCAAAACAAUGGACUAUGAUCUUGUUGUUCAGAAUGCCCAGUCCGGUGAAGUUUACAAGUAUGACCAAGAUGUUGUACCAAAGAAUACAUCUCUAUUGGUGAAGAGAGUACCACUGAAUAAAGGUGGGCUCGGAUCGGCUAAUAAUAAUCCUAGUGCAAAUGCUCAGCCUGCUGUCGUUCCUCCAAAUUUAUCAUCAAUUAAUACACCAUCAUCAUCAACAGGAAACACAAAAAGUCUCACAGGAUCUUUGUUAUCAAGAAACACAACAACAUCAUCAACAAUGUCAAGUACUGGCCAACCUUCGUUUUCAUCACUGUUCCCAACACUUGGAAACGUGAGCGGAGAGCAACCAAAAGAAUUUAAUGAAGAGGAAAAAUUGAAAGAAGUUUUGAGUGGUAUGUCGGAAAAGUGGAUUCCUGAGACUUCCACUCAACAUCAUCAUUCUCACUCAAAAACUCGUGGUGGAGUUCCUCCACCAAAUUAUAUUUGCCAUCGUUGUAAAAAACCUGGCCACUACAUCCAAAAUUGUCCAACAAACGGAGAUCCUAGAUACGACAUUAAGACCAUUCGUAGAGCAACCGGCAUUCCAAAGAGCUUCUUGACUCCUGUUGAGACUCCACAAGUUGACCUUUUAGGUGGCUCAGUUGUCACACUUGGAGGAAAUUUGGCUGUGGUAUCUUCGAAUGAUCAAAUGUUUGCUAAAGCUAUCGGAAAAAGAAGUAAUAUAUCAGAAUUGAAAGAUAUUCCAAAAGAAUUCCAAUGUCCUUUAUGUUCCAAACUAUUCAAUGACGCUGUUACCAUUCCAUGCUGUAAAACUAAUUAUUGCAACAAUUGCAUAACUCAUGCUUUAAUACAUAAUAAUUUAACAUGUCCAAAUUGUCAAUCUCCUGAGCAGUCUAUUGAUAGCUUGGCUCCCAAUUAUGAAUUGAGAAACAAAGUAGAAAAGUUUAAAUUAACAUUAGAUCCAGAUCUUGCAAAAGCAACUGAUACUAAGGAAACAUUUGGUACACCUUCAACCACUGGCAAUGUGCCUGCCAGAGGUAAUGCUCCUGUUCAUAAGAGACACCCACAUCAACAACAGCAUCAACAACAACAACAGCAUGCACCUAGGAACAAUUAUCAACCAUCUAGUUCUGCCCAACAACCACCUCAACAACAACAUUAUUCAGGAGGAGAUAAUAAACAAAACCAGAGCAGUAACAUCAGCCGUGGAUAUCCUGUAGAGAACAGACAAGGUAAAUCCUCACCUCAACGAGAUAAUUACGACAGAAGAGGAAAUGCUCCAUCCCAAGCUCCGUAUUCUUCUUACAACAGGAAUGCUUCGUAUGAUUCAUACGACAAUAGAAGAGACGGUAGACGAGAGGACAGAAGAGACGAAAGAAGAGACGACAGAGAUUAUAGAAGAGGAGGUGAUUAUCACAAGAGAGAUCGAUACGAAGGUCGUAAAGAUUAUGGUGAUUACAACGGAUAUGACAGAAAGAAGAGAAAGGAUUAA